UACCCUUUGCGGAGAAUGAAUCCGAGAUGUGCCGUUCUUGCACAGCCACUGUGAAGAGGAGUGAGGGUGGAUUGUGCCUCUGCUGGGCUUCCCGAGCGCCGAGAUUUCGUUGUUGCGUCGUGCUUGUGGUGCUGAGAGAAGGGUCAAACAUUUGGGCAACAUGUGGACUGCGACUUUGUGCCCUCCAUUGCUGCGAUUCCGCCAUGUUCCGGUUGUGGGUGCCAGUCCCAUAGUGCGAGCGCGGAGCACCGCGAGGGUGAAUGUCUCGCAAUCCGUGAACCACGGGGUCCGCGCGCAAGUAAGCGGGAGUGGAGAGAAAGAAGUCCAGGUUGAGCUCCGGACAUGCCGCUCAUGCAAGCAGAAGUAUAACCCACUCGAGAAUCACCCGCGUGCUUGUCGAUUUCAUACUGCACAUUUCGGAGGCGAGACGAAGAGGAAAUUCGAGAGCGUGUACACGGGUGGAACAAUGGACACUGUAGGGGGUGGCGAAAUUUCUCAGUAUUGGCAUUGCUGUGGCUCCGAGGACCCAUUCGAUCCUGGUUGUGAAGCUGCCCCUCACAUGUCAUAUGACGAUUAGGUUUUGCAAUUCGAUCAUUCGAUGAUUUAUCCACCUUUCUCUACCACUGAAGCCUGUAAUAUAUAAUUUUGUCUAGUUUCUGACACCGUCUUCAUUGUCGACACCCUCCAUCUUAUGCAUUGAUGCCUCUAACCUUGAUUCUAGGAAGCAAUUAGUUCUUUGAGGCUGUUUCAUAAUGAGUUGUAGUGUGAGGGCUUGAUUGUGCGGAGAAAUGAAGACUGUCCAGAUACUCGGUCUCCUUUCUCCCAAUGUGCACGUCAGGAAGCUUUUGGUCCCUCCACAGCUUGCAGGACUUAUCUUUCAUACAGUAAGUACAUAAAUAGAAAUCGUGUCAAUAUGUGUUGAUUACAUCCAACCUUUCGAGUCCACAGAUUUGAAGACAAUGAUCUGAAACCACCUGCGCAGUAUCAGUCGAUAAGGGAAAGGUUUCACUUACACACUGAACAUGUGCAAUCUGUCUCGCAUGUUUCAGAAAGGUUUUACCACUAUCCCUAGUGUAUAUUCGUGGCGUAGCACAAACUUUCAAACUAUUGUUUGAACGACUUCGGUAAGAAAUUUGUAUA